AUGGCACUCUGUAUGUCGGCCAUGUUUGCGUGUGUUUACUCCGGUGCCGGAUUGUGUUUGACAUUUGUUCCAGACGGAUCUGUUCGGGCCGAGCGGUAUUUUCGGGAUGAGGAGUCAGCAGAGGCGAAGAUGUGCGGUGAAGAUGUGAGCGGGGUCGUGAUGUGGAAGCCUAUGAUUGAUAUUCCCAUUAGCCACCUGACAAGGUGAGGACACGGCUCCGAUAAUGAAUUGUGACACAUUAAUGAGCUUGUCUAGCGCACACAAUACCUGAUCAGGCCUCUUACCAUUUAACCUUUGAUACCAGUGAGGGAAAUUGCAGGCAAAUAAGGGUUUUGUGUCGCCGGUGAAGACAGAACAUGACUUUAGAGAGGUGUUUCGAGCUGAUCUGGAUGCUGGGAGUUUAGCGGGAACUAAAAAAAGUCCAGGGAGUUUCCAACUGGAGUUUAGAGCAAACUUUUUUUUUCUGGUUUAAAGGGAUACUCCAGCGUAGAAUUAAGUUAGGUCAAACACACUGUGACACCGAGUUUGACACCCCCUUGAGAGAUGAAUGUUGCUGAUGUUGCUUCUUUAGUUAUACCAACUUCAGUAACGACCGCACGAUAGCAAUACACAGCGGUCUGGGGAGCCAUAAACAAACCUCAACCAAAACGCCACUCUAUAGCCACAAAUAAUGCUCAGAACAGCACCUAACUUCAUCAACAGUACAUACAGGGUCCCAGCCAUAGUACUAGCCAUCAAACAUCUUUUUAACUUUGACUAAUUUCUUUAGUAAAGAGACUAAACACAACUCAACUACUCUCUUCCAGCAGCCGCUUGUUUGUAUGGAGAUCCAGACGAGUCCAUUACGGAGUGCAGCGGGGUGACACAGCUCAAGGAAGAACAUUUAUGAUCAUUUCGUCAUGGAAAUACAAUCAGACCAAGACGCUAAGGCAGAAGAACUACUAUGCGUUAAUUAAUAUGGUGAUUAUUACUUCAAGGAAAUUAUAAAGUAAUGAUCAUAAAUGUUCUUCCUUGAGCUGAGAAACCCCACUGAAUAUCCCAGUAAGUUUUUGUGAAAGGAGUAUAGGCGACUGUAGGAGCUGCACUUAUCGGAUUUUUAUCGCUGCCCGAUGUUUUAUGGUACAUAUGAAGGUGCGUAAAGGUUGCUCUUGUGUAUCCUUCUAUUUCCCUCCUCUCUCCUUUCUCCUCUCUCGCAGUUAAAGCUCUGACCAUGUCAGGUUUGUAUCCACCUCUGUUCCGCCGAGCACCGAGGAGGCAUCAUUUUUGAGAGCUGAGAUGAUUACGUAUUCUACCCAACAUCGGUACAACUUUUCCUCACAAUGUUUCAAACCAGACAAAACCCAAAAGUUGUGUUUUUUAAACAAAAAGUUAGUUUCAUUUGAAAUAUCGCACAUGCACGCCGUAGAAACAUGUCCGUAAAUGACAAAGCUCUUCAGAUCAGACAUGCAUGCACAUGACAUGCAUGUCUGCAGGACUCUUCUUGAGAUUCACAUGCGUGUGAUGGGAGUCUCUAGAGUGGCGGCGGCGUGCCUGACCUUGCUCACAUGGUUCUCUUAUUAUCACGCCGAACACUACGCUCCUGACUGUAGCAUGACAGCGAGGUGACAACUCUGUUUGGGUGUCCGUCUGAUCACAUAUUUAUUUCAAGAACUACGCACACACACGCUUAGUCUACACACAUACGUCUGCUGAGUACGGAUAUCAGAAAUGUCAGCGGAUGUGUGUGCACGCUCCAUAUGUGUCUAUAUGUGUGUUUUUCAGCGCACGUGUGUGGCCAGCAUGGUUGUCAAGAGCUUGAACAGGCCAAUCCCUCAUCCGCCAUGCGCCCCGAUCAGCUGACACGCGGCCAAAGCAAACAGACAUAA